AUGAAUAAAGAUUCCACUGAGAGUCGGCAAAUACUUACACCAACAGCUCCUAUCAAGAACGAGGAGGAAGCGGAAAAAUCUCGUUCUCCAUCAACUGUUCCAAAAGCCUCGCGAGAGAAAAAAUCGGACGCUGCUCGAUACGCCGCUCUUCGCAACCAUCGUAUCCGCUUGGAAGAUGCCAUCGAUCCAGAUGCGGAACGGGUCAGCAGAAUAAACAAGACAGACAUACUCUUUGGAAGAGGCAAAGGGUUUCAGAACCACCCUGGCAAUCAGCGCAUGAGAGAGAUUGUCGAAAAGUACAAGAUCAAGUAUCACACACUGAGACGAACUGAAAAGCAAGACCUUAUCGAAGCUGUCUAUCAGGAGCUCACCGAAGGUGGUGCUCGCUUCUUGAAAAAGUUGGAAAAGGAAGAAACAUGGGUAAAUGUUGACCGUCCAGUGGCACUUCAAAAGGUCAGUCACACUCUUCGUUGCCGCAAGGGGGUAUUGGACAAGGUGAUGAACGACCAAGCCAUCACUGCGCCCAACAAGUUUGUUGCUGAGGGAAUGAGUCAAGUGCAACAAAGACUAUUGUCCACCUCAUUGGCUGGACUACACACAUCCUUCAAUCCAGCGUCAGGUGGAAUCUCCCCCAGUCUCGAGGCCCAACGAUUCUCUGCCGCCAAUCUUCCCAACUUGGAGGCCCAACGCAUAGCCGCCCUCGAACGCUUCCGUGCCUUGACCACGAUGCCAUUUAUGAACACACCCACUCCCGCUCCCCAACAAGUUCCGAGUCUCAUGGAUCACUACAAUAAUCUUAAGAGGGAACAAAUAAUGCGGGAAUAUAUGAUCCAACAAAUGCAACAAAAACAACUGUUGUCGGGGAUGGGUUUCAUGAACAACAUGGGGAAUAUGGGAGCACCCAACAAGGUUGCUGAUCCAUCACCGACAAAUCCAACCAACCACAUCUUCUACUAA